CCCACCGACGUCAUGAAGGGAGCCCCCUCGGGCCAGGCCAUCAAGCCCCGGGAGGGCCGGCCCCCGGGGGACUCGGAGGGCGGUGACGGCCACCUCGCCGCGGAGGACGAAGGCCACGGGGGGCGGCCCUCCUCCGGCCCCUGCGGCUCUGGAGAGAAGGACCGGGGUGGCCGUGUUCCCGGGGCCCUCCGGGAGAGCCAGGCGGGGCCGGCGGAGGGCCUGUGCUGCUACGUGUGCGGGUCGGCGCUGUCCCCCGCCUCCCAGCAGCAGAUCCACGUGCAGAAGCAGGAGAAGCCGGCCCAGGCGCCCUUCUUCCCGUUCCUCUGGCUGCACAGCCCGCCCCCCGGGGCGCAGCCCAUCUCCGAGGCGGGCAGCACCCUGGUGUGCCCCUCCUGCUUCUCCUCCCUCACGCACCAGUGGCAGAGCUUCGAACUGGCCAACGUGCCGGUCCUGCAGCGGCUCUACGUGGUGCCCCUGAACAGCCACGCCCCCGGCAUGGCCUCCAAGGCCAGGAGGUUCCCGAGGGAGGACGGCCCGCCCGCCGCCGGGCUUCUGCGAGAAGCCUGUUACCUGUGCGGGGAGGACUGCACCCAGGAUGCCCGGGCCGUGCCCUCGCGCAUCGUCAAUGGCAAUGCCAGGAACAGCAUGCAUUUCCCGUUCCUCAGCCUCCUGCCCUGCCCGCCCAAUGCCCGGCCCCCCAACAAGCGCUGCGAGGUCCGCAGCUGCCCCAAGUGCUUCAGCGUCUUAGAGGACAUCUGGACCCUGUACCGCGCCUCGCACAACCCGGAGCUGCUCAGCUCGGUGCAAGGCUUCCUGGGCAGGUACCACCAGGCCUUCUCGGCCACUGACCCGACCCUGAGCGAGCUGCCUGCUUCUGCGCAGGGAGGCCCGGUGUCUGCCUGUUACAUCUGCGGGGCCGAGCUGGGUCCGGGGAAGGAGUUCCAGCUCAGCGUGAACCCCGCCAACCAGCUGGGGGAGAAGGACCCCUUUUUCCCCUUCCUCACCGUCUACCCGCCAGCCCCUCGUGCCAGGCCUGCCGACUCCACGGGCCUGGUGGCCACCUGCAUCCUCUGCUACCAUGACCUGCUGGGCCAGUGGCUACAGUAUGAGACCCGGGGAGCCCACCAGGCCACCAGCGCCUGGUCUCGGCAGUACCAGGUGGACACGUUUGUAUGCUUUUUCUGCCAGCAAGAGAGGAAACGCUGUCUGGGGCUGAAGUCCGUGCGGGUGGCCAGGCUGCCCUUGUUUCUCUACACGCUGAGAGCCAGCCACAGCCUACUGGUGGAUGACGGUCGUCAGCUGAUCAUCGGUGCCUGCGUGGAGUGUGGGACCCUGGUGUGUGCAGGCCAAGGGCUCGCCCGCCCGGGACCUGUGGGUUGGAGCUCCCCAGCAGCAGGAGUAACGAAGGUCACCUCUGCCCCUCUGGAGGCACCAACCACUAUCCAUGCUCCCGCUCCUGAGCCUGAGCCACAGCCAGUGCCCCACGCAGAGAGCCUGCCCAGGGGUACCAGGUCCACCCAGGAGCUGCGGCCAGCGUCGAGCCAGCAGAGCGGCCGGGACGGCUGGGAUGGGGACGGAGCAGACCUCACAGGCGCAGGCAUGAGCCAUGAGCCCAAGUCCCCUUCACUAGGGAUGCUUUCCACCACGACCAGGACUACCGCCACCGUCAACCCCCUCACCCCCUCACCGCUCAAUGGCGCCCUGGUGCCCAGUGGUAGCCCGGCUACCAGCAGCGCGCUGUCGGCUCAGGCCGCGCCGUCCUCCAGCUUUGCCGCUGCGCUGCGCAAGCUCGCCAAACAGGCGGAGGAGCCCAGAGGCUCUUCACUGAGCAGCGAGUCGUCUCCCGUGUCUUCUCCCGCCACUAACCACAGCUCCCCAGCCAGCACGCCGAAGCGAGUGCCUAUGGGCCCCAUUAUCGUCCCCCCUGGGGGACACAGUGUCCCCAGCACGCCCCCAGUGGUCACCAUCGCCCCCACCAAGACGGUCAAUGGAGUCUGGAGGAGCGAGAGCCGCCAGGACUCCGGCUCGAGGGGCAGCAGCGGUGGUCGGGAACGCCUCCUGGUGGAGCCACCGCUAGCCCAGGAGAAGGCAGCAGGUCCAGCCAUCCCUUCCCAUCUGCUCAGCACCCCCUACCCCUUCGGCCUCUCCCCCAGCUCAGUGGUACAGGACUCCCGCUUUCCACCCCUCAACCUCCAGCGGCCUGUGCACCAUGUGGUGCCCCCCAGCACCGUGACUGAGGACUAUCUGAGAAGCUUCCGGCCGUACCAUACGGCCGAGGACCUGCGCAUGUCCUCCCUGCCCCCUCUUGGCCUGGACCCGGCUACGGCUGCUGCCUACUAUCACCCCAGCUACCUGGCCCCGCACCCCUUCCCUCAUCCAGCUUUCAGGAUGGACGACUCCUACUGCUUGUCAGCCUUGAGGUCCCCGUUCUACCCCAUCCCCACCCCUGGCUCCCUGCCUCCACUGCACCCGUCGGCGAUGCACCUCCACCUCUCCGGGGUCCGAUACCCACCUGAGCUCCCCCACUCGUCCCUGGCAGCACUACACUCAGAGCGGAUGUCCAGCCUCAGCGCCGAGAGGCUGCAAAUGGACGAGGAGCUGCGGCGGGAGAGAGAGCGAGAACGAGAGCGGGAAGCUGACCGGGAACGGGAGAAGGAGCGAGAGCGGGAGCAAAGGGAGAAGGAGCGCGAGCUGGAGCGGGAGCGGGAGCGGGAGCUGGAGCGUCAGCGGGAGCAGCGAGCCCGAGAGAAGGAGCUGCUGGCCGCCAAGGCGCUGGAGCCGGCCUUCCUGCCCGUGGCCGAGCUGCACGGGCUCCGGGGCCACACCACCGAGGAGCGGACCAAAUCCUCAGAGCAGCUGACCCCAACCCGACCAGACAAGUUGAAGGAUGCCGGCCCGCAGGCGCCCAAGCCCGUGCAGCAGCCCCUGCACCCCGUGCCCGCCCCACACCACACCGUGCCCAGCCUCAUCUCCACCCACGGCAUCUUCUCCCUGCCGGGCAGCAGCGCCGCCACCGCCCUGUUGAUCCAGCGCACCAACGAAGAGGAGAAGUGGCUGGCGCGGCAGCGGCGGCUGCGGCAGGAGAAGGAGGACAGGCAGUCCCAGGUGUCCGAGUUCCGGCAGCAGGUGUUGGAGCAGCACCUGGACCUGGGCCGGGCCCCGGUGGUGCCCGCGGAGGCUGAGCACAGGCCCGACAGCGCCAGGCCAGGACCAAACCGUCAGGAGCAGGGCAGCCGAGACCCCCCACAGCACUUUGGUGGGCCGCCACCCCUCAUCUCACCCAAGCCCCAGCAUCACACUGUGCCCACAGCCCUCUGGAACCCAGUGUCUCUGAUGGACAAUGCCCUGGAGACGCGGCGGGCCGAGGGCCAUCCUCUGCACAGCCACCCAACUGCUUUUGAGCCCAGCCGUCAGGCCACAGUGCCGCUGGUGAAGGUGGAGCGUGUCUACUGCACCGAGAAGACCGAGCCCCGAAAACGUGAGGCCACGUCCCUGGACAAGUACCAGCCACCCAGGGAGACAGGGAGCCUGGAGCCCCAGGCCUUUCCCCUUGGACCUGGACCCUUCCUCACUGAACUUGAGAAGUCAACACAGGCCAUCCUGGCCCCGCAGCGGACCUCCCUUUCCCAGGCAGCCCCCUUCGGGGAGCUCAGCGGGUCCCUGAAGCCAGGCUCACCCUACUGCCACCCCACACCACGGGGCCCUGACCCCACCUACAUCUAUGACGAGUUUCUGCAGCAACGCCGGAGGCUGGUCAGCAAGCUGGACCUGGAGGAACGCAGGCGGCGGGAGGCCCAGGAGAAAGGGUACUACUAUGACCUCGACGACUCUUACGACGAGAGCGAUGAGGAGGAGGUCAGGGCCCACCUCCGCUGUGUGGCUGAGCAGCCGCCCCUCAAGCUGGACACGUCCUCCGAGAAGCUAGAGUUUUUGCAACUUUUUGGCUUGACCACCCGACAGCAGAAGGAGGAGCUGGUGGCCCAGAAGCGGAGGAAGCGGAGGCGGAUGCUGAGAGAGAGAAGCCCGUCACCCCCCGCCGUUCAGAGCAAGCGGCAGACACCUUCCCCCAGACUGGUCCUGUCCACCCGCUACAGCCCUGAUGAGAUGAACAACAGCCCCAACUUUGAGGAGAAGCGGAAGUUCCUGACCAUCUUCAACCUGACCCACAUCAGUGCGGAGCAGAGGAAAGAGAAAGAGAGGCUUGUUGAAAUGCUCCGUGCCGUGAAGCAGAGGGCACUGUCAGCAGCGGCAGACUCGGUGACAAACUCUCCGAGGGACAGUCCUGCCAUCUCCCUGAGUGAACCAGCCACGCAGCCGCCUUCUCUGGAGACGGAUAAGCCUGUUGGGGUCGCUGCCUCCUUGUCUGAUGUCCCAAAGGCCGUGGACACAGGGAGACUAGAACAGCUCCGGCCUCAGGAACUCUUGAGAGUCCAGGAGUCAGCUCCUACCAGCGGUGAGAAGGCCAGGCUGAGCGAGGCCCCCGGAGGCAAGAAGAGCCUGAGCUUGCUGCGUUACAUCCGGGGCGCUGCGCCCAAGGACAUUCCUGUGCCGUUGUCCCACAGUAUCAACGGGAAGAGCCAACCUUGGGAACCCUUCAUGGCUGAAGAGUUUGCACACCAGUUCCACGAGUCAGUGCUGCAGUCCACACAGAAGGCCCUGCACCUGCAGAAGCACAAAGGGAGCCCAGCCAUGAUGACAGCGGAGCAGACCCAUAAGGUCGACACAUCCGUCCACUACAACAUUCCCGAGCUGCAGUCAUCCAGUCGGGUCCCCCUGCCCCAGCAUAACGGGCAGCAGGAGCCCGCAGUGGGGAGGAAGGGCCCCCCCGUGCAGGAGGUGGACCGGGCCUCUGAGGAGGAGGGCGAGGACGAGGACAGCGAAGAGGACGACGACGAAGCACCCAGGCGCACGUGGCAGGGGAUCGAGGCGAUCUUUGAAGCUUACCAGGAGCACGUGGAAGAACAAAACGUGGAGCGGCAGGUGUUGCAGACACAGUGCCGCCGGCUGGAGGCACAGAACUACAGCCUGAGCCUGACCGCAGAACAGCUCUCGCACAGCAUGGCGGAGCUGCGGAGUCAGAGGCAGAAGGUCGUCUCGGAGCGCGAGCGGCUCCAGGCGGAGCUGGACCUCUUACGGAAGUGCCUUGUCUUGCCUGCUGUGCGUUGGCCCAGGGGCUACUUUCAGGGGCAUCCGAGGUGACGGUUCCCCUCGCACCAGGCUGAACCUGUAGUAUAGAAAUAUCAUCUAUUUUAUUACCUUGAAUAUUUAAUAUUUUUCACUGGGAGGUUUGAAGCUUAAAAACAAGAAUGUGCCAUGCAUGAAGCAAAGGGUUCCCGGCUCCAGAGAGAAGGCGCGUUGUCGCCGCCGUCCUCGACCGACCAGCGUAAGGCGCCCAGUUUUUCUUUCUGAAGGCGGUUCUAGCCCUUCUUCCCCCACACCGUUUUCACAUCUGGAAAUGAAGGCUCCAUUUCCCAACACUAAAGCGAUACCACCGACUGCCCGCCGCGCGGGGCCGGCUGUUGGUGUUGGCUGGCACCGCGCCACGGAGCCCAGCCUGCUCCUGCCGUGCCCGGGCUGACCUCGCGCCUCCCGGGGGUGGGACCGGCCUCCCGAGAAGCGGUGCGCCCGGCCGGAGGCUCCCCCUGUGCCAGGCACCUUCCCGCGCCGUCGCCAAAGCCACAGGUCCUGGGGCGCACGCGGCCGCCCGGGCUUCUCCCUGGAGCAGCUCUGGGACGGUGACGUGAGCCCGUGCCCUGCAGGUACCUGCCGUCCCUCCGUGGGGGAGGAUGCAGCCGUCUACAGAGAGCCCGCCUGGGGUCACCCCCACAUGGGUGGUGGUUUCAUACAAAGUACACUUUGAGAGAAACGUCAAAGGUGCUCCAGCCUUGUACUGUGUAUAUAUAUUAAAAACAAAGUUUUGUAUGUUUUUAUUACUUUAAUUAUUGUUAUAAAAGCCUGCCAUUUUUAAUAUGUGGUUUGGGGGAUUUUUGUUUGUUUUUCCUGUUUGGGGGGUUUCCUUUUGUUUCUGUUUUUCUGGGCAAAAAGAAAAAACACCUUGCUUUUAGUGUUUGUACUGCUGCUGGUCAGGACAAUGAGAUUGAAGUGUUUUUAAAAAUUAAAGAAGAAAGUAACGCGCUCACCACUGGGGCCUAGCGAUCACUUCAUUUUUGAGUUGCACCAGAAACUGACGUAGAAAGCCAUGCGUUACCCCACCCCGCCCCCCUCCCUCCCCGUGAGUCACAGCUGUGAGGGGCUACCCUGGCCUGGUGGGAACAAGGUGCCCUGCGAGGGGCAGCUCCAUGCACGUGCCUUUCCGGACCUGAGUGAGCUCCAAGAGCCUGUGCGGCAGGAGCUUGGCUGCAGACCAGGUCUAGCGCGGCUCCCCUGACUUCCUGGGUUAGGCACAGGCUGGGCAGAAGACCGGGCGCUGGGGUUGCUCCUCCUCGUCACUGCUUCUCGGGCAGCAUUUGAUCCUGAUUUAAAGAACACCCUCCUGCCAGACCCCACUGCCCCUCCCUGGUCAGGGCAGGAAGGUGCGGCUGAGCCUGGCUUGGCUGUCACUGGUGCCCUGCUCGGUGGCUCGCUGCAUACUGGCAGUGUGUCCUGUGUGUGCCCCACAGGGUCUGCUGUGUGCCUGCCAAGAAUCUUGUUGUCCUUAGCAAACUCAAAGGUUUUGCCACUACCACCUGCACUCAGCAAGCACCUCCCUCAGCCCAGGAGCCACUGGGAGAGCAAAGGGCAGUGCUAGGGCCUCAGCCUGCAGCCAGUGGGCCAGUAUAUGGCCCACAGGUGUGCCGAGAGGCACGUUGCCAGCCAUCAGGACGGUGCUGUGCUCCCCAAACUGCCCGCUGGGUCUAUGAAGGCCCGGGGCUCCCACCUUGGAGCCUCAGCCCCACAUCUUGGACGCUCAGAGGUGUUUGGUCAUCAGCUUUAUGGUAACAGCUUUGGCUAAAGGGAUAAGUAGACUUUAAUAACUUAAUGGAGGAGAAAGGCCUUCCCCUGGCUGGUUAGUGUCAGGAGCAGAUCAGUUGGGGAAGUAGAGGCCAUCCUAGGUUGGCCUGGGCACAAGCUGAGUCACUCCUAAUGCCCGCUGUCCGUCCCUCCCAGUGAAAACACCCUUGCCUGCCCGGCUGCUGCUGCACCUCCCUUCUGUCUGGAGACCUGGAUAUUCCUGUGCUCAGUGAGCAUGACAAUCAGAACACAGGUGCAUGCCAGCAAGGCAGUGCCAGGAACUGGUGUGAGUGCCUGACCACCCAGGCAGGUCUUCUGGCCAGUGUCCCAAUGGAGACACCUCCGGAUGACAUGGAAAAGAUCAGUUUUGAGUUUAGCCAAGUCUGAUGCACAGUCUGAGGCUUCCCGUUCAGCCCCCUUCUCCCCCUCCACCGUUGGUUAAAAAGACAGUUUUGAAGUCCAAGUCUAGGGUCAGCUGUGCAGCCUGUUUCUGUAAGCCCCUCAGUCCUGUCUUCCCACUUCACCUGGAAAGGACAGCGGCCGUCCUUAUGGGUUGGGAGAUUACCCAGCUUGACCCCCAGUCCAGUGCUAGAUCACAUGGCUCACUUGUAAUCAGGUCUUUAAAACAAGUUCUGCUUCAUAUAUAAUUAGAGCCAGAACAAGCUAGGCAUCAUCUGAUCAGUGUCAACACCUGUCUCCAGGCUAGCCUCAAAGGGUGGACACCUCACAAUAGCUUGUACCGGCCCCUAAGGAGCCCACACUGGUGGAAAGCCGAAGACUAGCCAGAGCUCAGUUAGCUGACUUUCAAACUAGAUGCCUCCCACCCCGUCCCUCGAGCCCCAGGCUCCACCGUGCAGAUGGCUGGUGCAGCAGGCUCAGCUCCUCUUCCAGUGUAUGUUAGCAACGUAGCAGCAACCUCUGUACUCCAGUAAUCGAGCUCUGACUUCACUACUUGCGGUAGCCUGUCCCCACCGAUCCAGUGCUGUGCUUAAAAUUGCUAGACGCUGCCUUGGCCUGAGGAGACUGGCUUUGCUACAAGCCAGACCAGGCCAGACCAGACCAGACCAGGCGGGAGCAAGGAUGGUGGCUCGGUCAUGCUGGGGGCAGUUUAGAUGCUGUGAAUUAAACCUGUUCUAAGUGUACUUGUUUGAAUUAACUGUAUUGUAACAUUAUUUGUUGAAUGUAGUAAUUAGGUAUUUAUGAAUAUAUUGCUGUAAUUUCUGACAACAUCCAAAAAAUAAAAUCUUCCUAAAUCA